AUGUUCUCGCUUAUAUGGAUAUGUGCGCCAAUCUUGGUGUGGGUCACACCCUUCUUGGUCUAUGUCGUGCAGGGGCACGAGUUGACUGUCGACACUGCGUUCACGGCUAUUGCACUCUUCAACAUGGUUCGCGUUCCGCUGAACGUCAUCCCGGCGUGGAUAGUUCAGAUUCUUCAAGCUGGUGUAGCCAUGGACCGCAUCGCGACCUACCUCGACGAGGAGGAAGUCGACGAGCAAGUCUCGACUCUCAAGAAGGGCCGCUGGCAGCCGCCCGCAGCGGAGGAAGACGAGGGCCUCGGCCUCCUGUACGCCUCCUUCAAGUGGAACGAGGUCGAGGAGAAGAAGAAGGACGACCGAGGACAGCGAAUAUCAUGA